GAUGAUGAGGCGCUAGUUAUUCCGAAUGUCACAUUUGGUAUGGCCCGGAAACUAAGCGGUUUUGACGAUGACCCUGUCGAUGGUAUUGUCGGGCUAGCGUUUACAUCGAUUGCUGUUGAUGGUGUCACCCCACCGCUGAUUGCUGCAAUCGAGCACAAUAUUCUCGAACAACCCCUUUUUACCGUAUGGCUCGAGCACCAGGUAAAUUGA